AUGAACUACAUCAUGUCCUCGCACAUACAGAUCGAGCCCAUGAAGGGCAGCCUCCAAUUCGGCGCCAACGUCACAAACGUGGACGUGGAGAAUCUGACUGAUGCCGAUUUUCAGGUCCUCCGCGAGGCACUCUUCACCCAUCAAGUGCUCGUCCUCAAGCAGCAGGGCCACAUCAGCCCCAAGGCACAGUAUGCGCUCACCCAGCGCUACGACCCUACCGCCACAGGCUCCUACGGCCAUGGGAAGACGCUCGACGCCAAGAAGUCUAUCCUGCAUCCUGAUCUCAAGACCAUCCCCCAUCAGCCCCAGGUCCAGGUCAUCGGAAACGGCUUCGUGCCGUCGUACGAAGGGCUGGAGAACUUCACGCUGAAGCAUCCCCACCACAAGACUUUCCACGAGACCGUCAUCCCAGAGGAAGACGACUUGGACUUUACCAGGUUCUACAGGUGGCACAUUGACGCCGCGCUGUAUGGUCUUGCGCCCCCGGUGGCCACCACCCUGCUGGCCGUGCAGGUGCCCGGCGGCAGGCGACAGACCAUCCGCUACGACGACGGCACCGGCGACGAGCUCGAGGUCCCUCUGGGCACGACGGCGUUUGUCAAUGGUGAGGCCAUGUACGAUGCGCUGUCCGAGGAGGACAAGGCCUUCGCCAGGGGCACAAGGGUGGAAUACGCCGCGCAUCCAUACAUCUGGAUGUCUGGCGCCAAGUCCCGCCCCACUGGCCUCGGUCUCCUCUCGCAGAACAAGGAGCUGCAGCCGGAGGAGCUGCCGCCCGUCGACGAGACCAUGAUCCAGACACUUCCCAUGUGCUGGAAGAAUCCCGUCACGGGCAAGCUUGCCUUGCAGGUACACCCGUCCGCGGUCCGACGCCUCCAUCUCGAGGACGGAUCGGUCGUUGACGACCUGGAGAGGGUGAGGGACAUUGUGUAUCGCCUCCAGCGGCCAGGCAUCGCGCCGCAGCGCGUCUAUGCGCAUGACUGGGAGGCGGGCGAUCUGGUCAUCUUCCACAACAGAGGUGUCUUGCACUCUGUCGUUGGUGCCUUUGCCGAGGAUGAGGUCAGGGUGUUCAGGCAGUGCAACAUUGCUGGCAGCCAACUACCGGUUGGGCCUGAUUCUGUCGCUAUCGCUGCUUAG